GACGCCGGGUCUGGACGCUUAAGCGACACUGAGAAUAGCGAACAGCCAGAGCGCAGUGCGACUAUAUUCAUCAAGACUCUCGAGCUCUUUUCAUUCCAUUCUGUCUUAUCUGGAUUAUUCAGAGAAGCCGGACAGUCAAAAUCAGUUUUACUAUCCGUAAUUGACGCCAUUAAUCGCUUUUUUCGCCGACGGGCAUCCCAGAGCAGCAUUUCUGCAUCUUUAUCUGCCGACAACCGAGGAAUGCCCAAAGAACUAACCCAGAACCGGAUCCAAAAGCUCUGGAUUCCAUCGAAAGAUGAUAAACCGACUGUGCCCAGCCGUGCUGGCAGAGGCCCCCAUCUGGCCCACCCCCCCACCCUGAUCGUCAUGGUGGGGCUCCCUGCCCGGGGCAAGACCUACAUGUCCAGAAAACUCACACGCUACCUCAACUGGAUCGGCAUGCCUACCAAAGUCUUCAAUGUCGGGGAGUAUCGGAGAGAGGCAGUGAAGCAGUACAGUUCCUUUGACUUCUUCAAAGCGGACAACAAGGAUGCCGUAAAGAUUCGAAACCAAUGUGCCUUAGCUGCCCUCAGAGAUGUCAAAGAGUACCUCACUGGGGAGAGGGGUCGCGUCGCGGUGUUUGAUGCCACAAACACCACCAGGGAGAGAAGAGACAUGAUCCUCAGCUUUGGCAAUGAAAAUGGCUUCAAGAUCUUCUUCAUCGAGUCAGUUUGCGAUGACCCCAGCGUUAUUGCUGCAAAUAUAAUGGAAGUGAAGGUGUCUUGUCCAGAUUAUCAGGACUGCAAUAAGACAGAUGCUAUGGAAGACUUCCAGCAGAGGAUCGAGUGUUACAGACAGACCUACGAACCCCUGGACCCUGAUAGUUAUGACAGGAACCUGUCCUUCAUCAAGGUUAUUGAUGUUGGCCGGCGUUUCCUUGCCAACCGCAUCCAGGACCACAUCCAGAGCAAGAUUGUGUACUACCUGAUGAACAUCCACGUACAGCCCCGCACCAUCUACCUCUGUCGCCAUGGCGAGAGCCAGGACAACCUGCAAGGCAAGCUGGGAGGAGAUGCGGGGCUGUCAUCGCACGGCAGAAAGUUUGCCUCAGCCCUGGGCAGCUUCGUGGAGGAGCAGAACCUGAAGGACCUGAAGGUUUGGACAAGUCAGCUGAGACGCAGCAUCCAGACCGCAGAGGGACUCGGGGUCCCCUACGAACAGUGGAAGGCCCUCAACGAGAUCGAUGCUGGUGUGUGUGAAGAGAUGACGUAUGACGAAGUGAAGGAGAAGUAUCCCGAGGAGUUCGCCCUGAGAGACGAGGACAAGUACUACUACCGCUACCCUUCAGGCGAGUCGUACCAGGACCUGGUGCAGCGCGUGGAACCGGUGAUCAUGGAGCUGGAACGGCAGGAGAACGUCCUAGUGAUCUGUCACCAGGCCGUCAUGCGCUGCCUGCUGGCCUACUUCCUGGACAAGAGUGCAGAUGAGAUGCCAUACCUGAAGUGUCCUCUUCACACUGUCCUGAAGCUCACACCGGUGGCUUAUGGAUGCAAAGUGGAGUCCAUCUUCCUCAAUGUGGAGGCAGUGAACACACACAGAGACAGGCCAGAGGAUGUGAAGCGUGGUCCAGGCUCUCUUAUCCGUAGGAACAGUGUCACUCCGCUGACGAGCCCCGAGCCUCUGAAGAAGCCCCGCAUGGAGGACCUGGAGGAGCCCUCUGGCCUGCUGCCUGGCGUCCUCCCCAGCUCUCUGGCCCUCUGCAGCGCCACACACCUGCCUCUCGUUCUCGCUGGACCGAACCUGAACAGGGGUUGCUGGACUCCCGAGACCGCCCCCAGUUCUGCCAAUGAGAUUGCGCCGCCGUGUCACCUGACCUCAACCAGGAAAUGGUGACGCCCACGAAGCUGUGUUGGCGCAGCCUGAUGCUUUUAUUGCGUUCUUGGUAGCACUGUCAGUGCCUGACACGUCAUGGGCAUCGACCCAAAGGGCUGUGCUAGCUCGAGCGCUAACGCUAACUACUUCAGUGAAGCUGCUUCAAUACUUUGUCUGUGUUUUACUUGGGAUGGACUAAUUGUGACUGUCUUAUCGGUGUGUGUGAGGGAGAGAAAUGACAACAAGGUGUAAUGUCUUGCUGCUACUGCUGCUACUGCUGGUGUGUGUGUGUGUGUGUGUGUGUGUGUGUGUGUGUGUGUGUGUGUGUGUGUGUGUGUGUGUGUGUGUGUGUGUGUGUGUGUGUGCGACAAACUUGUGUAAAGAGAAAGUACACAAAAUGCGUGCUUAUUGUUGUUUCUGAUUUUCUAACAGGGUUGAAUCAAACUUUAAAUGAAUUAAUUAUGUCUGAUUAAUUAAUGACCUAGAGUGCCUAGUGUAUCCAGGCUGCUAUCGAGUCUCUUGCCUCGUAGAGCGGGCUAGAGCUUCUGUCUAUAUCUAUUUUUAUAGACACAUCUUAAUAUUUCAUUGUACAGUAUUUUUGUGUGUACGGUCUUCAUGAUCGUAUCUCUCGUAAAACAUAUUUCAUAGUGGAUUGUAUUUCUCUAUAUGCUGUAAACUAACUUCAGAGAAUCCAUAAUCUGCUUCAUUAAUGUAUUUGUACAGUUGUUUGGUAGAUGCUGCUUAUUCAUUUCAUCCUGUACCAAAACAGUCAAUGUAGAGUCACUUGUACAUAGAACUGGAAAACACUGUAACACUAAGACGAGAGUUGACAGUAAUGUUUGGAUUUAGGAAUGUUGUUUGGAUUUGUGCAAGAGUACGUGUGGAGCAUGUGCAAAAGGAUUUAUACUGAGCUCAGUCUGAGGAGGGUCACUUUGUCUCUCCGAGUGGCUUAAAGGCAAAUGAAUGUCACAUGACAUGACUGGGACAUUUUAUCUUUUCUUUUAUUGUUAACUAACACAUGCAGUCGCUUGUGAUACUUGAAUUUUAUUUUGUAUAAAAUAAACAAAAAAAACAAACAAUAUCAUUUUCUUAACACUAUUUAUUUAUUUUGUAAUUUGUGUAGAGACGUGUUUCUCUGAGAAAUGUAAAUAGUUUAUUUUGCAUUUCCUGGACAAAUAAAUGUUCCCCAGGAAACAGA